AAGAACCGCUAAAAUUCAUUCGAUAGUUGCAUAAUGAAACAAUCGAUUGCUUACGCUGUCCAACACUGCUAUCGAUAGGCCGCAGAUUAAGUAUUGAUAAAUCUUACGAAGAGGAAUAGGAAGAAGAAGGAAAUAAAAUAGAAAACGCCAACCAAAGGGACAACAAAGCAAAAUAUUAUUGAUAUUUGAUUACAAAACAGUAAAGAAAAAGAAUAAACAAGUGAGUGGGGGCUUCUUGAAAACGUCAUCGUGUAUAAUAUCAAACCGUUAGCGGCGAAUACAUCAGCCAAAACGGAGGCGCGCAGGCUAGCGGAGAUCGCGGCGAUGGAGAAGAAGGCCAAGGAAUCGCUGCGCCGCUAUAAAAAGGCCGCCCGCCACAGUGCGACGCACUCGAGUAGCUCAGACUCCACCUCAGAUUCGGACAGUGGUAGCAGUUCGUACAGUAGCACGGACAGUGAGCAGGGCGUGGGCGGCGGUGGUGGCGGUGUUAGCGGGCCCGGUGGCGUCAGUGGUCCCGGUGGUAGUAGCAUUCACGGUCAUCCACAUCCACACGGUCAUGGUCAUCAUCCGCGAUCCGCAGAGCGUCAUCAUCGUAAAAAGAAGAGUUCAAGGCGCGGUGGUAGUACAUCCGGUGAUGAACCAUCAUCGCGUCGGAAACGAGACAAACGGGAUCAUGUGCAGAAGAAGUUAGUGGCCAAGCGAAAUCAUAUCAAACGCAAACUAAAAGAGGCGCGUCUCAAGAAACGAGCUGCCGCUGCCCUUAGUGGCCAUGUCCAUCGUUCCCUGUCACCCACGACGCGGGCCAAGCUGAAGAAGCUGGCUGAAAGGAAGCGGUUGAGGGCCGCCAGUAAAGAGCAGCGGGAACGGGACAAGCUGCGUGCUGUUCAACGGGACAGAGAACGUGAUCAUCAUCGUUUGGGCAGCAGCAGGAGUCCACCGAGCAGUAGUACCACCACCACCACCAAGAUACGCAUCCAUCAGGAUAUUGUGGGCAAGCGGCAAAAGAGUCCAGGUUUAGGCUCAGGACUUGGAGGCGGAGGCAGCAGCUCAUCCUCAAGAAUGCACCACCAGUUAAUGUCACGCGAGAAGAUCAUUAUCCAAACACGAGCACGCGGACGCACUCCGUCCAUGGAAAGGGAACGUGAAAGGGAGCGUGAGCGAGAACGGGAAAGGGAACGUGAACGCCAUGACCUAUCCUUACGAGAACGAGAUCGCCGGGAUCGGGAACGCGAACGCGCGGAACGAGAAGCAGCUAGAGAUAAGGAACGCGCUGAAGCUUUGGCCCGUUGUCAGGAGCGUCAACGAGAGCGUGAACGUUUGGCACGCGAGAAACUACGUCGCCAAGAGGAGGAGGAAGGUGGUAAACGGGGUGGUCCUGGUCGUGACUUGGAUCUCCCACCAUAUGGCAGCCGUGAACGAUCCCUAGACACUGUUGAAAGGGAACGAGAGAGGGAACGUGGCGGUCGUCAUGUGCGAGAUAAGCGGGAAUUGGAUCCCUAUGAGCGGGAGCAAGAGUAUCUAGAGGAACGGCAUGGUCAUGGGCUGAUCGAUGAGAUGCGAAGAUAUCGGCGAAGGGACCUCAGCCCACUGCCUGAUCACUAUGCGCCCAGGAUGCGAGAUCCCCGGGAAAUGUAUUCCGAGGAGGAGCGUGAAAGGGCCUACAAACGCGCCUAUCUUGAUGCCCGAUAUUCCUCGCGGGAACGCGAAGCUUGGCUGGAGGCCCGUGAGCUUCGAGAACGGGAACUGCAAGGUCGUGAAUACCGCGAUAUCGAAGCAGAGGAUAGUCUCUAUCCAGACGAGCGCGAACGCUUGAUCCGUGACAGAGAACGUGAUCGGGAGCGAGAACGCGACCGGGAAAGGGAACGGAAUAUUGGACCCCGUGGUGAAUUCCGACCAGAGUGGGAACGCGACUGGGAGGAGGAAGGCGGUGGUGGCGGACCAGGUGGUCCCAGCGGAACACCAGGACGACCUGGUGGCUUUGUGGGUGGACCGAAGCGUGGUAAACCCCCAACGCAUCCCGGUGGAGGUCCACCCACGCAGCAGCAGCAUCAUUCGGCAUCGGAGCCCGACUGGGAUGCCGAUGAGCGGGAAAGGGAGCGGGAACGAGAACGUGAUCGGGAACGUGAAAGAGAUCGCGAGGAUCGUCCGGAGACAGGAAGCAGUGGCGUUGGCGGCGAUAGGCCUUCUAUUAAGAACGAGCCCGCUUGGCUGGAGCACGAUCAGCGGGAAAAGCCCCGUGCCUGGCAGCAGCAGCAGUCGUCAAAUUCUGGCGGCGAUUGGCGAGAUAACGAUGAUGCCCCACCACCACCAACCCAUCCACAUCCAGCUUCCCCGCACCAUCAUGUGCAUCCGCGGGGUGAAAGAGGAUCUGGCAGAGGUUUCCGGCGUGGUGGUCACGGUCAUGGCGAUCACGGUGAACGACCCGGCUACAGAUCUCAUCCACCGCCACUGAUGACAUUGCCUGUACAGCCACCAGGGGGCUAUUCCCGUGGAUUUCCCCACAAAAGGUUACCAUAUGGAGGUGGCCGAGAUGGCGGCGGUCUCGGAAGCAGAGAAGCCUCCGGACUACCCGGUUCCUCCGGUUUCCUUAAAAAGCAUACCCACGCACCUCUGGUUUCACCCACUCAGACACCGCUUCUAAAUCCCCUUCUGAACGCCGGGAAACCCAAUGCCGCGGCCCAGGCAAGCGCAGUGGCUGCAGCAACAACAGCAGUGGCAGCGGCAAAGGCGGCGGCUCAAAGUGCGGCCAAUGCCACCACCAAUCCCGGAAUACUCGCUCAAGUGAGCAAACUAAGCACAGUAUGUAUUAAGCAGGAAGAUGCUUCGGAAGACUCGGCCGGCACACCGGAAUUGGGUGCCCAGGAUUCACCAACUCAGAAUCUAAACCUUUCCCUAACCUCUGAGAGUAAUCCAGUGAAAUUGGAAUCCAUACGUAACAGCGCCGCAGAGGGUGAGCUAAGCGAGAUUAGCGAUAGCGAUGAUGACAUCCUAAAUAAAACAGACAAGGUGCGGCCCAAGAGUGAGCUGCCAAUGGAGGUAGACCAGGAAAUGGACACCAAUAUAGAGGAGGCAAAGAACGACAGUCUUCACAGUGUAAACGGUCAUCCGAUUAAGGGCGAGGAUGUGGACGAAGUGCUGGACUUUGAGGAGAUAUCCGAUGGUGAACUUGAGGAGGAUGCUCGUCACAAAGGUAUUGGCGAUGCACUCGGUGUUGACUGGCAGGGAUUGAUAGCAGAGACCCGUCAGCAGGCCUCCGAAGCUCAGGCAGCACAACAUGGCGUGGAUCGUGGCACCUCCGCCAAGCAGAGAUGGCAGCCGCAUCGCGUACUCCUCGACAUGGGCAUAUCGUUUGGAAUGGCGGGUGAAAGCUACGCUCGUCGCGUCAUGGAAGAGGCCCGCCAGCAAUUGAUUCAGGAGAAGGAGCAAUGCCAGCAGCGUGAAAGGGAACGCGAAAUGGAUGGAGAGCAGGAGCCAAUGAUUAAGACAUCUUCGCCCCUGCUUGACUAUCGUGAAUUCCUGGCCAGUCCCCAGCAUUUGGAGCCAUUGGCAUGCGUCCAAAUGGGUCUACGUAGCGCUGCUGUCGAACGCCAACGUUUGGUAGGCAAUGUAUGUGGUCCUGGCAGUCGCGCCUUGAGUGCUCGUCAGGAUUUGAGACUGCGUCGCCAGCUAUGCGGUCUGCCAGCAAGGGAAUGCGAAUUUCCGCGUAGUGUUCCCAUUGUCAGUGAAGGAUUGCGCAACCUGGCCAUGCAAAUGUUCCAGCGCAGGCUGCUCGAUGUUAAAUGAGAUUCGAUGCCCCGCGAGAUAGAUUGUCGGCACCGAAGGCCACGUCACUAUCGACUGGAUAUACAGAUUUUUAUGGGCGGUCAGCACGAGGGCAAGGAACGCGGAAGGCGUGAACAUUACUAAAUGAUUUGUAGAAUUAAGCUUAAAGUUGUAAAAUAUAUCUUGAUGGGGUUUACUCUAUUAUGAAAAUUGUGAAUAUCAAAUUUCAGAAAAAUAUAUGUUCGAAAUAAAAGUGAUUUGUCCCAUUAA